AUGCUCGGUCAGGUGGGAUGGUACGCGCUGGUGGGCUGUGUCCUGCUGGAGCUGCACGGGGCACACGCCAGAGGUCAGAGGAGGCGCAAAGACAAGGGUUUGUUCCCACGGCCUGGAGCUUCUCGUGGAGAUGGGACAGUGCCCUCAGGACCAGAGCGUAAAGGCACCAUCACCCGAGGAGAUGUGUUUGUGGUGGAUGAAGACACCGACCUCAUGGACCCCUUCUUCAUACACCCCAACUGGAAACCUCCGAGGAACAGUCAGAAGAGCCACCAAAAGGGAAAGCCCGACGUGUCCAAGGACCUGGAGGAGAACAUUACCACAGAUAAAAAGACAGACGCUGGUGGGAGGACUAUCCCUAUAUAUCCUGGAAAACCUUCAGAUGACAUCAUUGAUCUGGAUGCAGGAGUAGCCCCCAAGAAGCCCUCUGUUACUCCAAAAUCCUCCGUUAAAGCAGAGGAGCUCAAACCCACCAGCUCACACUCAGGCCCGAGCAGAGAGCCCGUGAAGCAGGAGCAGCCUCGAGUGAUCAGCGCCGUGUCCAGGGAGGGAGACCUGGUGCUGGGAUCUGACGGGAAAUGGUACAGGCUCCAGAGAGGCCCUAAAGGUCGAAUGGGACCCCCUGGACCUGAAGGUUGUCCUGGUGAUGUGGGUCUGACAGGAUUUAAGGGAGAUAAGGGUAAGACUGGUCCUGAAGGCAGACCAGGAAGGAGAGGAGAGCCAGGACCUCCAGGACCUGCAGGUUUACCCACGCUCUACCUGUGGAGGAACACAGCAGAGGAGUGGACUGCCUUCCAGCAAAGCAGUUUCUACCAGCUGCUGCGCUCUGGCUGGCCUAGGGAAGAAGGCCCCGAAGGACCACCUGGAGAGAUGGGCAAACCUGGUCAUCAGGGUCCACGUGGUGAAGCUGGAGAACGAGGCCGACCGGGAAUUCCGGGAGAAAUGGGGGAGAUGGGUCUUAGAGGCCCUCCAGGACCACAAGGACCUCCUGGACGAGAUGGAGAGAAUGGAGAGGACGGUCUGCCUGGGCCUCCUGGAGUCCCUGGAUCUGCAGGCACGUGGGGCUAUCGAGGAGAGAGAGGAGCUAAAGGGGAGAAAGGUGAUGAGGGUCUCAUGGGCAUUAGUGGACAAAGAGGAGACACUGGUGAACCUGGAGAGAAGGGUUCUGUUGGUUUACCAGGCCCUCUUGGAUCUAUGGGACUGCCAGGGCCUCAGGGAGUGAGAGGGGUCGAGGGGCUCGAGGGCCCUCCUGGACCUGAUGGGGAAGCAGGUCAGGACGGCAUACUCGGUUUGCCAGGCCCACAUGGAGCUCCAGGUUUGACUGGACAAGUUGGGGUUCAAGGAGUCAGUGGUACACGGGGUGACAUGGGUCCUGCUGGCAGUGUGGGCCUGCCUGGUCCUCAGGGUCCUCCAGGGUUAGAGGGCCAGAUAGGAGUCACUGGACUUAGGGGCCUUCAGGGGCCGCUGGGGCCUGCUGGCCCUCGGGGGGAGCCUGGCUUCGAGGGGCCCAUGGGCCCACCGGGGACAAAGGGGGAGGCAGGAUUUCCUGGAGCUCCAGGCCCCCGGGGUCCAGAUGGGGACAAGGGAGACCAAGGAGCCAAAGGAAGCCGAGGCAUGAUGGGGGCCGAAGGCAUUAGGGGCCCUCAGGGAGAGAGGGGCCCCACUGGUUUCAUGGGUUUCCCUGGAACAAAGGGCCAUCUUGGAGCCAAAGGCCCAGAGGGCCCUGAUGGAGAAGCUGGGGCACAAGGAAAGCAGGGAGCCCCAGGUUCAAAGGGCAACAGAGGAGCAGACGGACGCAGCGGUAAAGCAGGCCCAAGAGGACACAGGGGUUUGCCUGGACCUCCAGGACCAGUGGGAGCAGAAGGAAAGCCUGGUACACAGGGUCCUCCAGGAGCAGGGGGCAGCGUGGGCAGUAACGGGCCAGCGGGCUUCACAGGUGUUUUUGGGGAGAGAGGAGCAGACGGAGCGCCUGGAUCCCCUGGCCCUACAGGGAAACCAGGACCUCCGGGUGCACCAGGACCUCCAGGGGAGAGCGGCUUCACAGGGAAACCUGGAGCAGAGGGGCCCCAGGGCCCUGUGGGCAUGUAUGGAAUCCAAGGAACUGUGGGGAUGCACGGACCUCCAGGCCCCUCUGGUGAAUGGGGUGAGCAAGGAGUUCGAGGUUUACCUGGACCUCCAGGAAAGCCUGGACCUCCUGGACCUCCUGGUUUAACUGGAGCUGUAGGAGCAGCAGGAAAACCUGGCCCCAGAGGAGGCAGAGGCUCCCCAGGACCUGAGGGCCCUAUGGGGCCAAUAGGAAUCCCAGGUCCACCGGGCUCACCUGGAGAUACUGGACCACCUGGACCAGAUGGAGCACAGGGUCUGCCUGGUUCUACAGGGUCAGAGGGACCUCCUGGACAGAAGGGAGAACAGGGUGAGCCUGGAUCAUGUGGGAAACUAGGACCUCCAGGACUCCCAGGAGAAAGGGGGGCAGAGGGACUCAAAGGCCCUCCAGGACCAACAGGACCAUUCGGUAAAGAGAAAAUGAGGAAGUGUGUGUACUAUACGUUCAUUCAAACAGACGACAACAAAAAAACACGUUGUAACAGGAGUGAGGAAGGAGUCUAG